UUCAUUCAUAAAUUGGGCGUGCCUUAAAAAUAUUUUGUUUUUAUUGUUUUAAAUUAUGUUUUAAUUCUAAAAAAAAUUAAUAAAAGUGUAAAAAAUGUAUAAACAUUUAUUAAUUAUUAUUUCAAUAGCAGUUAUAGCUUUGCAAAUACAAGCUAAAUACGAUUUCAACGAACAAAAAGUCACCGAUAUAGUAUGGUGUACAAAAAGUCAAGAAGAACAAUAUAAAUGUCUCAACUUAACGGCAGCUAUUACCAGGGAUCAUGCCCUAUUUGAUGACGCCCUCUUGAAACUUAAUUGUUCUAUGGCCUAUAGUGCUGAUGAAUGUAUUCAUCAAAUCGAUAGAGAGCAUGCUCAUAUAACAAGUUUAGAUGCUGGUGAUGUUUUCACUGCCGGCCGCUAUAAUUCUUUAGUUCCAUUAUUGCAAGAAAAAUUUGAAGGUGGUUUCACAAACUAUCAUGCCGUGGCAGUGAUUAAAGCAGGAACAUUACCUGAAGUAACAAGUAUAAGAGAUCUAAGACAAAAGAAGGCAUGUUUUCCUUGGGUAGGAAGUUUAGCUGGCUGGAUAGUUCCUAUAUAUACGUUACAACGUGAGGGAGGCAUGGAGGUGGUUGAUUGCAAUAAUCAAGUUAAAACGGCUGCAAAUUACUUUAAUGAUUCGUGUGCGGUAUAUUCUCUAAUUGAUAAAUACAAUCCAAUUGGUGAUAAUUCAGAUAAAUUAUGUACUUUGUGUACUGGCAAAAUACCAGGAGGCCGUUGCUCUGCUUCUGAUCCUUACUAUGGUUAUGAUGGCGCUUUUCGUUGUUUACUUGAAUCUGGUGAUGUGGCUUUUUUGCGUGAUUCCACAGUAUUUGAAAUGCUACAGAGUCCUGAGUUUAAAAAUUUGGCUCCAGAACGUUUUGAACUCCUGUGUACCGACGGUCGUCGUGUUCCCAUUACCGAAUAUCGUCAAUGUAAUUGGGGCCUUAUACCUUCAGAUGCAAUUGUUACAUCUUCUGCACGCAAUACUAACGAACGCAAAAAGUAUCAAAAAUUCUUAAUGAAAAUAGUUGAACUGUAUUCGGAUGGCUUAAAAGAUGAUCCUCAAGCUCAAAGUUUAAAUGGAAAUAAUAACCAUUAUGGCAAUAACAACAACAAUUAUGGCAACAAUUACUACAAUGAUGGACGAAAUAAUCCUUACGACAAUAAUCCCUAUGGUAAUUAUAAUAGUGAUCGUUUCGGCAACAGUGGUUAUCGUAAUGAUCGUUUAGAUAGUAGUUUUACUACAGAACGAACAUACAACGAUAAUGGCAUCAAUGGUUCGAUUCAAUAUGAAACUUUCCGUAUAUUUGAAUCGAAACGCUAUGGAAAAGUUAAUUUACUAUUUCAAGAUGCUGCUAAAUCCUUAGCUGUUAUACAUGAAGAUGACCAGUCGUUUAGUAAAUAUUUACACAGAACAAUAGAUUUUAUAUAUGGUUUGCGUGAAUGCCCAGUUAGCAGCAUGACCUUAUGUGUCACCUCUGAUCCGGAAUUGGACAAAUGUAUUAAAAUGAAGACUGCUCUCAAGGCACAAAUUUUAAAACCCGAAUUGAUUUGCAAGAAAAUGCAUUCACAUAUUAAUUGCAUGCAAUGGAUACAUUCGGGUAAAGCUGAUAUAGCUGUAUUUGAUGCAGGAGACGUGUAUACUGGUGGCUUAAACUAUGACUUGGUGCCAUUUAUGUCCGAAGUUUAUAAUCUCGGCGAUCCGGAAUAUUAUGUUGUAGCCGUGGCUAAAGAAGAAGAUCCCGAUACUGAAUUAACUUAUUUAAAGGGUAAAUAUACCUGUCACACUGGUAUAAAUACAGCUGCUGGUUGGACUUAUCCCAUGGCACAUCUUAUAUCAAAUGGUUGGAUACGUCCUUAUGGUUGUGAUUCUGUUAGAGCAGCUGCAGAAUACUUUACUAAAUCCUGUAUACCUGGUGCCAUAAGUAAUGAAUACAAUACUGGGGUGCCUUACGACAGUAUGUGCGAUCUUUGCCAUGGUACUAGUUAUCGUUAUUGUCGUCGAGAUGCUUCAGAGGAUUAUUAUGGCCAUACGGGAGCUUUCCGUUGUUUGGUAGAGGGAGGUGGUCAUGUGGCUUUUAUGAAACAUACCACAGUAAUGGAAAAUACUGGUGGCAAGCGAAAAGAAUGGUGGGCACGUAAUGCUCUUAAUGACGAUUUUGAAUUACUUUGCACAGAUGGCACACGGGCCGAGUUACAUGAGUACAAAAGAUGCAAUUUGGGAAAAGUAAAGGCCAAUGCUAUUGUUACUCGUGGCGGUAUCAAUUACAAUGAAACACAAAUUAAUGCGUACAUUAAUUUAUUAACUUAUGCCCAACAACUUUAUGGUCGCAAAAAUUUAGAUGAUUUUAGUUUUAGCAUGUUCUCCUCUCCUCUCGGUUUUUAUGAUCUUAUCUUCCAGGAUGCAACAAGACAAUUGAAAGUUAUACCACCGAAUAGUCGCCGUUAUGACAUUUAUCUCGGCAGCAAUUAUAUGCGCGCUAGACGUAUUACCGAUUGUCAUGCUGGCUCUAGCCAAAUGUCAAUCUCUAUUUUAUUAUUUUCACUCUCUAUUAUGAUUUUAAGAAUCUCUUUUUAAAACUCAACUUAUUCACAAUCUCGAAACACUAUACAUUCCAAAAGUUAGGUUUAACUUUCUUAAAAUAUACAUAUCUCGUUUAAAUUAGGUACAAAGUCAUAUAUAGUUACAUAAAUAUGUUUUUUCGAAGCACAAAAUUAAAAAAAAAAUGUUCUUAAUUAACAUUGAAAUGUAUUGUUUUCUAUUGUAGUUCAUUUUUUAUAAAUUAUAUUAUAAUUAACGAUAGUGCCUUUUUAUAAUGAUUAUUAUUAAUAAUUUACACAACAAAAAAUCCGUCCAAUCGAACUGUGUAUAAAAUUUUUUACAAUAAAAUUUUACAAAUAUAUAAAUUUA